GGUGCUGAGGAAUUCCGGGCUGCCGGCAGAAUGAGCUCCAAACCAGCAGUCUGCAAACUACUCCGAGUGAUGCAGAAACCUAGCUAAAGUUCUUCCUUUCCUUCACGUCCACGGUUAGUAUUUUCUGGUGUGUAAGAGGGAAUUCAAGCAACACAUUGUGGAUGAUGCUGAUGGUAUUGCCGGUGGAGCGGGCUUUAAGCUACAGCAUACUGUUGCUGUUUGUGAUCCUCAGAGCCUAACCAAAUCACCUCUACUGCCGUAUCAAACACUGUGUAAGUGAACUCACGUGAGGAGGAGGCGUAAUCAGCCGGUAAAUUUCAUAGAAGAAUCUGGGAAUAAUGCUAAAAAUAAGUUCAACAUGAUUCUGCCAUGGGGUCUGGAUUUCUACACGACCAGCAUUGCUUCUUGCUUUGAAUUCUGAAGACAGGUCCAAAGCAUAUUUCUUAUGUAUGUCUGCUGUGUUUCUCUCUGGAAGGGUGGGAGACUGCUACUUGACUGUGUUUUGAAAUGGGAGGUAGAAGGAAUGGAUUUCCUUUCAUUCAUGCCUGAAAAUGUAUUCUUUGGAUAAUUAAAGAGGAACUGCUUUUCUAAAACAUACCUGAUCUUUUAAUUCAUAUUUUCUAUGACCCCACCACCACCACCAUUAACCUCCAGAGUGAUUAGCCUAUCCCCCUUGUAUUCCCAUGGAAGGAGCUGAGUGUAUGUAAUAUUAGGAACACAUCCAGAAGCCUUUGAGGAGGGGGAUGGCUCUUCAUAUUCAUGAAGCUUGCAUACUUCUGUUGGUCAUCCUUGGAUUGGUCACCUCUGCUGCCAUCAGUCAUGAAGACUAUCCUGCUGAUGAAGGUGACCAGACCUCCAGUAAUGACAACCUGAUUUUUGAUGACUAUCGAGGGAAGGGGUGUGUGGAUGACAGCGGCUUUGUAUACAAGUUGGGAGAACGAUUUUUCCCAGGGCAUUCCAACUGUCCAUGUGUCUGUGCUCUGGAUGGACCUGUGUGUGACCAGCCAGAAUGCCCUAAAAUUCACCCAAAAUGUACUAAAGUGGAACACAAUGGAUGCUGUCCUGAGUGCAAAGAAGUGAAAAACUUUUGUGAAUAUCAUGGGAAAAAUUACAAAAUCUUGGAGGAAUUUAAGCCCUCUCCAUGUGAAUGGUGUCGCUGUGAGCCCAGCAAUGAAGUUCACUGUGUUGUAGCAGACUGCGCAGUUCCUGAGUGUGUCAACCCAGUCUAUGAACCAGAACAAUGUUGUCCUGUCUGCAAAAAUGGAAAUGGAGAGGUUGAAAUGAAUACAGCAUGCAAAUCACCAAAAAUCAAGGUUGUGCUGCAGAGAAGACAGUGCAAUGUCAUUAACCCGGACAGCUUAUCAAUACAACAUCAGGUAGAAAUCAAUGCAGUUUUUACAGCUCAAAAAAUGUAUUCCUGGCGGUGGCUGCGGCGGCUGCUGCUGAGGCUCGGACGUGGCGCUUCUUCCAGCUGGAAUGGCGGUGAACUUGAGCGCCGCGGUGAACUUGAGCGCCACGGUGAACAGGGCCCCGGGGUGGCGAAUGCGAGCUGCCGCUCACCCUGA